AACUCACUCUUUCUCCUGCCUCCUAAAAGUCCAAACACCAAAACCACAUCUCUCAACUACUUUUUUUUCUACUUCUUUUAUUCACCAUGCCUGAAGAGGCUCCAAAACAAAACUCUUCCAACAAAAAAAAUGUUGAAAAUUAUGAUGAUAUUAGUAGUACUAUUAAUAACAACAAUAAGAAAGCAUUGAAAUACAUUGAAGAUGUUACCAUUAACACCGAUGAAAUUCAAGAAAAAGUACUAGCUGAAAUUCUUUCUUCUAAUGCUCUUGUUGAGUAUCUUCAACGCCAUAGGCUUAAUGGGAGCACAGAUAGAAAAACUUUCAAAAGGGUUUUGCCUGUGGUGACUUAUGAAGAUUUGAAGGUGGAUAUUGAUCGUAUAGCUAAUGGUGAUAAAUCCCAAAUUUUAUGCUCUAAACCUAUAUCUGAGUUCCUUACUAGCUCUGGAACAUCAGGAGGGGAGAGAAAAUUGAUGCCAACUAUAGAAGAAGAGUUAGAGAGAAGAUCAUUACUUUACAGCCUUUUAAUGCCAGUGAUGAAUCAAUUUGUUCCCAAUUUAGAGAAAGGCAAAGGAAUGUACUUUUUGUUCACAAAAUCAGAAGCAAAAACACCAGGUGGAUUACUUGCACGUCCUGUUUUAACAAGUUACUACAAAAGCACACACUUUAAGAACAAAUCACAUGAAAAUGAUCCUUAUACAAAUUACACUAGUCCAAUUCAAACCAUUCUUUGUCUAGAUUCUUAUCAAAGCAUGUAUUCUCAAAUCCUUUGUGGUCUUUACCAAAAUGAACAAGUUCUUCGUGUCGGUGCUGUUUUCGCUUCCGGUUUCAUUCGUGCGGUUAAGUUUCUCGAAAAACAUUGGCUUCGUUUGUGUAAUGACAUAAGAAAGGGUACCAUAGACGAUGAAAUUACCGACCUGGAUGUACGUGAGGCGGUGAUGAAAAUACUUAAACCAAAUCCGAAGCUUGCGGAUUUCGUAGAAUCGGAAUGCAAGAAAGAGUCAUGGAAAGGGAUCAUUACUAGGUUAUGGCCUAAUACAAAAUAUGUUGAUGUUAUUGUUACUGGAACAAUGUCUCAAUAUAUUCCAAUUUUGGAUUACUAUAGUAAUGGUCUUCCUCUUGUGUGUACUAUGUAUGCAUCUUCUGAGUGUUACUUUGGCCUUAACUUAAAUCCUUUGUGUGAUCCAAGUGAAGUAGCUUAUACACUUAUUCCUACCAUGGCCUACUUUGAGUUCUUGCCUCUUAACAACAUUGAUGGAAAUGCUGAUUCAAUUUCUGCCUCAGAGCAAGAACAUUUAGUUGAUCUUGUAGAUGUUGAGUUGGGUCAAGAAUAUGAGCUUGUGGUUACCACUUAUGCAGGACUUUAUAGGUACAGAGUUGGUGACAUACUCCGCGUAGCAGGAUUCAAGAACAAGGCACCUCAAUUCAACUUCAUAUGCAGAAAGAACGUCGUUCUAAGCAUCGAUUCAGACAAAACCGAUGAAGUUGAGCUACAAAACGCUGUAAAGAAUGGAUCAAACCAUCUUUCAAACUACAAUGCAUCACUAACAGAUUACACAAGUUCUGCCGACACAUCCACAAUUCCAGGCCACUACAUACUCUACUGGGAAAUCACCAAGAACAAUCAAAACCCAAUUCCAAAUUCUGUUUUUGAGGAAUGUUGUUUUACAGUUGAAGAUUCUCUCAACAGCGUUUAUCGUCAAGGAAGAAUAACAGAAUCAAUUGGGCCAUUGGAAAUUAAGGUUGUUGAGAAUGGAACAUUUGAUAAGGUUAUGGAUUUUGCUCUUAGCCAAGGUGCUUCUAUAAAUCAAUAUAAGACACCUCGUUGUGUGAAAUAUGGUCCUAUAUUAGAGCUUCUUAACUCUAAGACAGUUUCUAGCUUCUUUAGUCCAAAAUGUCCACAAUGGGUUCCUGGUCAUAAGAAGUGGUGCAUCCUUGACUGAAAAUAGUAACACUACUACUACUACUAGGGUUGAGUUGAAGAAGAAGUCACUUUUAACUCUAGAAAGGUUAUUUAGAUGUUUUUAUAUUAUCAAUCUAAUGUAAGAUCUUAUUUAUAAUGACUAUUAUGCUACCCAGCAAAUUACUUUACUUUUUA